AUGCAGUCCCAACAUUUUAACGAUUUUCGGUUUAUUUUUUGUUAUCAAGACCAUUUAACGAAAUUCGUAAUUUUAAGGCCUUUAAAAAGUAAACGUGCAGAGGAGAUUGCAUAUAAUUUACUUGACAUUUACACGACCUUUGGCGCACCGGCUAUUUUGCAGUCAGAUAAUGGCCGUGAAUUUGUAAAUUUGACUAUAACUGAACUACACAAUAUGUGGGAAGACGUAAAAAUUGUUCAUGGUAAACCAAGACACAGCCAGAGCCAAGGUUCUGUGGAACGAGCAAAUAGAGAUGUAGAGGAUUUUUUGUUUUUAUGA